AUGACGUCAAACAGACACUGGCCUCUUGUCUUCCUUACGUACGGUGACUACACGGUCGAAAAAACUGAAAACAGAUUACGAAAUCACGAAAGGGUCGACGAAGUUAAUGAAUCUGCUGAACACCCGAAGCGAACGUACGAUGGUUUAGUUGCUUCCGUUGAUCUUGUCGUUGCCUUAGCUACCGUCGCUUUGGUCAGCACGUUAACUCCGUACAUCACGCUGCAGUCCUUGCAGGAUGCCUACGAAGAUUUUGUUAUUCCUGAAAUUAUUCUCAUCCUACUCAUGAUUUGCGGCUUAAUUUUCAUAUUUUUUUUCGUUAGAAGUAAGGAUGCCCUUGAUGCUCAAUCGUACGAAAGACUUACGCGCAAAAGAAAAUUUGACGCUUGCGGAGGUGCUGAUAGGAUAUUAUUUGUUGCCGGAUUGGUUCUGUUUUAUACAUUAUCCUUCGUCAUGGAUUUUGUGCACCUCAUGGCUAAGGUAGAUUGCAGUCCUGUUUGGAUGGCCUGUAAAUAUAACGUUAAAGUUACAUUCAUCGUUGACGUUAUAUUUCAUAUUACGCGCAUUGUAUUUUUCGGAUGUUCAACAUUUUUUGCGAUAGUUUAUCGUUCGUUCAUCUUCGCCAGUAAGUGUUGGGUUCGUUACAGUUUGGCAGUCUUGUUUGGAGUUAACUUGGCUCUGUGGUUCGAUGUCCUCUUGCAUGAAUCCGCUCGCAUCAUCAACAAUUCUUCGUCCAGUGCAAUCAUUGACAAUGAAAUUAUAAUUAUCAGAUGUUUACAGCGAAAUGACAGCACCGACAUGCAGUCACAUAACUUUACCAUCCAGUGCUUCGGAGAGGAAACAAAUAUUUUCAAAUUUCUGAAUGUGUCGGUGGUUCCUCUUUGCUACCCCUUCAUGUACGAAUCAUGUGUUCUCCUCUGUGAACGUUUCAUGCAUUGGUUUUGUCAUUGCAAAAGAAUGUCUGUAAGGACGAGUUUCAAACGUGCGUUGAAACAACCAAAUCAACCAAGUGUUGACGAGGAAACGAAAGUUGAAGACGACAACGUAACAAACGUUUUGGGUGUCAACGAAAACAACGAAAUUACGAUUAAAUCUGACCAUCUUUCUGAGCCAAUUAAUGAAAACAAUGGGAGCUUUUAUUUAGUAGAUUCAUCAAAUGAUGAAUGUGAAUUGGACAAUAAAGAAUUUUCAAGCGCGGAAGAUGAAAAUGAACUUGAAGAUGAAGAAGUUAUAACAGAUGAAAGCGAUUUAGACGAUCAUUCUUUUCAUGAUAUCUCGGAUAUAAACCAAGAGGCCAAUAAUAACAAUGACACUAGUAGUAAAAAUAUUAAUCAACAGGUAUAUGUGAAAAGCUGCAUCCACUCCGAAGUUAGUCGUGAAAAGAUGGAUUUUCAUUCAAGGGCUGACAACUCAAACACCGCUGAAGCUCAAAAUUCUUCAUGCUCAGAAAUGUUUGAUUCUGCUACUAGAGACAACAGCCAGCAAAUUAUUGUCGCAGAUAAUGAAGAGGCAAAUAAUGAAAGCAGAAGAAAUGAUGGGCAACUGACAGGGAAACAUUCAAAGCGGCGUCUCUCCAAAAACAUUUCUGAUUCCGACCGUAAAAUGGUUGGAUCACUGGGUUGUGCCUUAUUUUUUCUUUUCACCAUAUCAACUAAUGUUUUGUUUUUCAUUUUCUCAUUGUUACCGGGAGCAAUUCAAAAGAAUGAUUUGUCAGCUGAAGUCAAGCAUGACGUUAUUAAUAGACUAUUUUUAUACUAUACCAUACCGUUUUACGGGUCUAUUAUAAUUUCCGUAAUCUACGGUUUCACAGUAGCCAAAGAUUUCCCUUUGAGGCGAUCCAACAUUAUCAACACUUUUCAAGGCCUUGACUAUCUACUUUUCAUCAGUGCAUCAGGCCCGUUUGCAUACAACGUCUUCUCAUUGGUGGCAGCGUACAACAAACCUUCUAUUCUCGUUUUGUACGGCAUGAAUGCGAUUGGUUCUGUUGUUGUCCAGGUCGUUAACAUCUUACAAGUGUACAUCCAAAUUCCGUUUUGCUUUUUCGCGGGUCGCGUGUCGGCCGUGCACCCAAAUGGAAAGAAAAGACCGAAAUCCAUGCACUUCCAAGCUGUUCUCGUUCAUGUUUCCGUCAGCAACGCCACCUUGUGGCUGGUGAACAGUUUUGCCACAACAUACAACAAUGGAAGCGUUUAUUAUGAUUCUGAAUUUUUUGGUAAAGAUCUUUGGAAUAUAAUAAAUAGUUUCAUACUUCCUAUAACUUUGUUCUUCAGGUUCAACAGUUUUUUAGUCGUUCUGAAAGCGUUAAGAAUUGCAUUUCACAAGGGUGGAAAUGACAUAAGACAUGGUCAUUAUUAA